AUGGGUCACCCUGAUGAGAUAAAUGCCCUUGAGGCACAACCCAACUACUAUGAUGACUCGAAAGUAGAGGUGCAAGAUGAGCCAACGCAGCUCAAGAGGGAGCUUAAGGCUCGUCACAUUUCCAUGAUUGCUAUCGGUGGUGCAAUUGGUACUGGAUUGAUCGUUGGCACUGGAAGUGCAUUGACGGCCGGACCUGGCGCUUUGCUUAUUGCAUACUGCUUCAUGGGUCUCGUCGUCUGGACGGUUAUGUGCGGAUUGGGUGAGAUGGCUGCCUGGCUACCCCUAUCGUCUGGUUUCACAGGUUACGCUGGUCGUUUCUGUGAUCCGGCUCUCGGUUUUACUCUUGGAUGGUGCUACUACCUCAAAUACAUCAUUCUUCCACCGACGCAACUCACUGCAGCCGCCCUGGUCAUUACAUACUGGCCCCGAGUAUCGGCAGACAACGUCAAUCCGGGUGUUUGGAUUGCCAUAUUCAUGGUGGCAAUCAUUGCAAUCAACUACUUCGGUGUGAAGGUCUUUGGUGAACUGGAGUUCUGGCUCUCGGCUUUCAAGAUCAUUGUCAUCUUGGGAAUCAUCCUGUGCUCUUUCAUUUUCGCGAUGGGUGGCGGUCCUGAUCACGAUAGAAGAGGUUUCAGAUACUGGCAAGAGCCCGGUGCCUUCAACCACAAGUAUGUUGAAGGCGGCUUGGGAAAGUUCCUUGCAUUCUGGUCGACCAUGGUGCAGGCCACCUUUGCUUUCCUCGGUACCGAGCUCAUUGGUGUCACCGUCGGAGAGGCCCAGAACCCCCGGAAGACCAUCCCCAAGGCUAUCAAGCUGACCUUCUGGCGAAUCAUUGUGUUUUACAUCCUCAGUGUACUCUUCGUUGGUAUGCUAGUCCCUUAUAACUCCCCAGACCUGAUUUUCGCCACCAAGGCCAAGAGCUCUGCUGCGGCAUCGCCCUUUGUUGUGGCUAUGAAGCAGGUGGCUGCUCUUCCACACAUCAUCAACGCUUCUAUUCUCGUAUUUGUGUUGUCAGCUGCCAACUCUGAUCUUUACAUCGCGACCCGAACCCUUUACGGUCUUGCUCGUGAGAAGAAGGCACCUGGAAUCUUUGCUCGCACCAACGCCGCUGGUGUUCCGAUCUACUCUCUCGCGCUAUCUGCUUCUUUCUGUCUACUCGCCUUCAUGAGUGUAUCUAAGGGCUCAAAGGAGGUCUUUGGUUACUUCACCGAUAUGGUGUCCAUCUUUGGAUUGCUGACAUGGAUCUCGCUCCUGAUCACUCAUAUUUUCUUCAUACGUGCCCGACGUGCACAGGGUGUGGACGAGACAACUCUGCCAUACAAGGCUCCUCUGGGAAUAAUCGGUUCCUCCGUCGCCCUCUUCUUCUGCGUCUUGGUUGCCUUCACUCGCAGCUUCGGUGUGUUUGUCCACAACCACGCAACCUAUGGAAACUUCGACUACAAAACCUUUAUCACAUCAUACAUUGGAAUUCCACUUUAUGUCAUGGCAUUCACCGGAUGGAAGUUCUAUAAGAAAACGGAGCUGAUCAAGCCCCACAACGCCGAUAUCUGGACUGGAAAGGCCGAGAUCGAUCGUGAAGAGGCUGAAUUUGAAGCAAUGGCUAUCAUUGAAAAUCAGAACAUGUCUGGGUGGAAGAAGAUCUAUACUAAAGGUUUCUCAUGGCUCUUCUAG